UUGGAACUCGCGGAGGAAGCAAAGAGGGUGUUUGGAGAGGAAGUCAACAUAACGACUGAAGGUCAGCGCCAUCUGGCAGCAGUUAUUGCGUCGCAAGAAUACAAAGAUCAGUAUUGUGAGGAGAAGGUUCGUGCAUGGAAAGAGGAAAUCGAACGUCUCUCUGAAAUAGCUAAGAGCCAGCCCCAUGCGGCGUAUAUUGCUUUCACAAAAGGCUACAAGUCGAAGUUCACCUACUUCAUGCGCACAAUUGGAUCGUUUAAAGUUUAUGUCGAUCCAAUCCAGGAAGUGAUUGAAGAUUUACUACUCCCAACUUUGUUCGGUCAAUCAGAGCCUCUCCCUAACGAGGUGCGCAGACUUGCUACCUUAGCAACGGGUCAAGGGGGUCUAGGCAUUCCUGAUCUGAAAUCCGAGGCACCGCAGCAGUUUGCUGCCUCGAGACUAAUAACCACCGCGCAGGUAGAUUCUAUUACUUCACAGAGUUCCAUCAUGGUGCCAGGAGAAAGAUCUACGGAGGAGCUACAGAGGCAUCAACAAUCACUUAAGAGAGCAAGUGCCAAAGAGAAAAUGGAUAGCAUUGAUUCAAGCCUCUCCCCAGGCCUGCUGCGUCUGGUUAAUCAAUCGAGGGACAAGGCGCAAGUUCUUGGCUGAAUGCGAUGCUUCUCGCAGACAAAGGUUUCGCCCUCAACAAGCAAGAGUUCGGAGACUCGCUACGCUUGCGUUAUGACUUGCCCUUAGUCGAUUUACCAAGUCAUUGCAUAUGUGGGGAUAAAUUCAUCGUUAGUCACGCCCUC